AUUGAAAUGUCUUUGUCUAAUCCUAGAGAGAAAGAUUAUUAUAUAACCUAAGAACAAUCCUUUGUCAGUGCCCAUUAUUCUCCAUCCUUCUUAGCCCUUGUCUUCUUCAUUGUCCCCUUUUUCUCUCUCACUUUAAGGUCUUUUCUUAGCUCAUGAAAGGUCACCAAAAUAUCAAAUUCCAGAGAAAAAUUAUGAUUUCAGAGCACCAAGAAGAUGUCAAGGCACAACGAGACUGCGAACUGUGUCUGAACAAACACGCGGUUUGGUUUUGUGCGUCCGACGAUGCUUUCUUGUGCCAUCUUUGUGAUGAAUCAGUGCAUUCUGCAAACCAAGUGGCGACAAAACACGAGAGAGUUUGUCUUAGAACAAAUGAGAUAUCAAUUCGUGUGCUCCAAGGAACAACAUCAAAGCCGGUUUGGCACAGCGGGUUCAGAAGAAAAGCGAGAACACCUAGAGCUCGUUGUGAGAAGAAACCACAAGAAAAUAUAGAUGAUGAGAGAAGAAGAGAAGACCCUCGUGUUCCCGAGAUUGGUGGCCAACGAAUGUUUUUCAUACCAGAAACAAAUGAUGAUGAUGGUGAUGAGGAUCUGACUUCUCUUGUGCCAGAGUUUCACGGAUUCAUAGAGAUGGAGUUCUUCUUGAGCAACUAUGAUGGCUCUGAAGAAACAACGAGACCAUUCAACUUUGAAGAUGAGAUUGAUGCAAUGGAAGAUCUAUGUUACAAUGAAGAUGGAGAGGCUAAAACUGAUGGAGAUAAAGCAUGUCCUGACCAAUCUUUGAUGAGCUCCAAGAACAAUGUCAUCGCGAUUACAACAAAGAAAGAAGAAAUGGAGGAUUAUGAGAGUAAUGCAAAGCAGAUGAACAUGUUACUUAGGCUUAAUUACGAAAAUGUUAUAGCAGCUUGGGAUAAACAAGAAUCUCCAAGAGGAGCACCAAUAAACGAAACUGAGUUUAACAACAUAAGUACCUUCCAGCUAGUUCCUCCAGGGACAGAGGAGAAGAAAAUGAGCAGCAAAAGUGAGAGAGAAGCAAGAGUUUGGAGAUACAGAGAUAAAAGGAAGAAUCGUUUGUUCGAGAAGAAGAUAAGGUAUGAGGUUAGAAAGGUUAACGCAGACAAAAGACCGAGAAUGAAAGGUCGGUUUGUCCGGAGGUCUUUAGCCAGCGAGACCUAAGAAUAGAUUCUCAGAUUCUACUUUGUGAGAAUUCUUGUUAAAUAAAAGGACAGCUGCAAAGGUAGACCAUAAACUAUGAAAUUCAGAAUUUUCAUUUUCGAACGAA